UCUCUUACAUGGCAUAUAAUAAGAACAGAACACACCCUUCUCUCCUUCCCUCUUUCUCUUUCCUUUGAACCCUUUUUUCCUUACUUUCUCUAUAAAAAAAAAAAAUGGCCCAUCUGGUCCAAAGUUUUUGUAAGAGAAAAAACAAAAAUCAAAGAGAAAAAUAAAAAAAGAAAAGAUUGAAAAUUUGGAAGUACAAAGAUAACAUAACAUUAAGCAUUAGCAUUUAGAUAUUAGAUAUGUCUUCAAUUGUCCUCCAACCACAGCAGAGCUCUUCCUAUCUCCAAAACACAAACCUUAAUAUUAAUAGAUCAUGUUGCCAUAAAUGCCCUUCUCUGUAUCCUCCCUUCAUUAUUCUUUUCUCUCUGUUUCUCCAUGGGCCUUUUCGGGUUCCUACUUUUCAACAAGUUUCAGAGAAAGAGAAGACAAAGAUCCAAUACAAUACAUUACAAAUACGAUACAAAUACGACUUUCUUUGUAUAAGUUAAUUACAAUUAAUGUUAUCGACCUAUUUCUUUUCUUCCUAAUCUUUCUUUUCUCUCAAUUUUGUUUCUUUUUGUAUCUCCUUAUUGGGAUUGAUUUGGGUUUGAGCUUUGCUUAAUUUUCAAGUUUCUUAUGAACAGUUUUUUAAGAAUUGGGUUUGUCAUCAUGCUUUUUAUACUUUCUGCUGAAAAAUUCUUAAUUUUUUGAUAUCCUUUUCCGAAUUGGAUUCGGUGUCGGUUUAUUCGAUUAAAUAAAGAUGCAAUCUUUGAAUUGAGUGCUGAAAAGGGUUUUUCUUUUCUUUAAAGAAAAGCCUUAUCAAAUUUCUGUUGAUACCCAAUUCCUGCAAUACAAUGUUGAAGAGGAAUUUGAAAAGGUUGGCGAUAGAUUCUUACCAAUCUCAAUCUGUCGUUAACGAGGAAGCUAGGAAAUACCAAACCCUACUUCAGGAUUACUUUAUAUUGCAAAAGGAAUUUGUUUCAAUUAAGAAAAACUUGCAGACAACAGAGCAGAAGAGAGAUAUUCUGAUGGCAGAAGUUCAGUUUUUAAGACAAAGGCAUAGAUAUUUAAUGGAUGUACAGUCUGACAACCUUCAGCCGGAGCAAGAUCCUGUGCCACUGCAAGAUUCAGCUAUGCAAUAUAAGGAUAGUCAGGAUAUGGGGAAGCCGCCAAAGCCGAAGAAGAAGCCCACAAAUGGUUUGACCAAUGACAAGAGAGUUGUGCAGAAAAGAGUUGAGAAGAAGGAAAUCUCAUGGCAAGAUCAGUCUGCUUCAAUGGAGGUCUAGAUGUCUCAUACUUUUUUGAAAAAUAAAGAAACUCAUUUCACAGGAGAGGCAUUUGCCUUUAAAUAGUUGAAUUCAUUGCUUAUAUAGCAUUUCAUUCAUCUUAGCAGUGGAAAUUGUACAGCAAAGUACCCUUUUAUCAGUCUGACAUGGCUAUCCAUUUAACUUUGCAGCAAUCCUAUCCAUAAGUUUCUUC